UUCUAUUUCAGUCUCGUCGUUGGUUUGAUUUGUCCUUUCGUCAUUCCCUUUGUUGUCGAUUACGAUGAAACGAAGUAUGCUACUUCGAAUCCCAUGAUGAAUAACCGUAGGCAACAGGAUCUAUAUCACACUAAACUCGUUGACUUCUAUAAGGCUCCUUGCGUUCGCCAUGCAUACCAAGUCGCAGCUUAUACGGUGCUCUUCUGCCUUUCCGCGAUUACUCUCCAAUUCGAGUUUACCUUUGCGGACUACGGCUAUUUAACGGUACAAAUUGCCACUAUUGUCAUGACAACAUCCCUCUGCAUUGAUCAACUCAAAAACGUAAGGAAGCUGAAUGUUUUCUCUCUGAUCCUGCUGAGUCAGAUAAACAUUCGCUUCAAAGUUAAUAAGGUUGUGAGGGACUUGUUGCCCUUUUUACUAAUCGUGGUCAUUUUUUGGAGCAUGUAUACCAUCAUCUUCUCGGUCAUCAUUCUACGACCAGGCAACUCCCUUGACGCCUCUGUCGCUUUCUCUCGCCUCUUCCUCAUCAUGAGAUCGGGAUUUUUUCAGAUGUUUGGCGAAUUCAAUCUCGAAGAGCUUCUUCAAUACUACGGUUGGUAA